AUGCCCAGCACUGCUCAUGGCACACCUCACUGCCCCUGUGUGCCCCCUGGCGGGGGAGGCCCAGGGCUGGGCCGCGGGGGAGGCUGCAGGCCGCGCCAAGGCUGCUGGGUGCGUGGACGUUGCCAUGGUGACCAGGCCCGGCCCGGCGGCGAGGCUUUGGCAGACGACAGAGGAAGCGAAAUGGAGGUCCUAGAGGAGAAAGUAGAAGAGGAGCAAAAGGAAGAAGAGCUGAAGGCUUUGGAGGUCGGCAGUGAGCUUCAUGACAUGGACACAAAGCUGUCUGUGGAACAAGUCAGCUUUGCAAGUGAUGUACCUGAUUUUGACUGGAACAGCAUCGACACAUCCCAGUUACCAGACUCAUACAAGGUGAAUUGCCCAAGGGAAAAGAAGCUGCUGCGCAUUGCUCACCAUUACCACCAGCAGUUUGCUCACCUCUGCCCUGAACGCAAGCCGCUCUUCCUGCACCCUGUCAACGAAUGUGGCGUGGAGAAGUUUGUGAGCACAACAGUGAGGCCAACCUUGCUGCCUUACACAGAGCUGUACCGCUGGGAUGGCUGUGCCAGCUUUGUCUCUGAUUAUCUCACUAUGGAGCCCCUCAAGUGCCCUCUCACACCGCCCUCUUCACUCUAUUCCCCAACUACCAUCCUGAAGUACCAGCGAGGGAACUGCUUUGACUUCAGUGUGCUGCUGUGCUCCAUGCUGAUUGGAGCUGGGUACGAUGCCUACUGUGUGAAUGGGUAUGCCACCCACAACAUAUGCAGCUUGGAUGAGACUCUGGAGGAAUGCCCACUGCUCAGGAAGCCACAGGAGGUCCCAAAAGAAGAAGUGAAGAAGUCUAACAAAUAUAGAGUUAAGUCCCUCCCAGACAUGUGCAGCAAGUUUGAGCUUCAGCAGGAGGCCAAGAAGAAAGCAGAAACAGAAGCUACUGAGAAAAAGGAAAGAGAAGAGAAGGGCAUGGAAGCAGAGGAGCUCACACGUGAUCGUUUGUGUGGCUUACGGGUGCAUGCGUGGGUUUUGGUUCUGUCUGGCAAGAGAGAGGUUCCUGAAACUUUCUUCAUUGAUCCCUUCACGGGGAACAGCCAUAGCACCAUGGAUGAGCAGUUCCUUGGGAUUGAGAGUGUCUGGAACCACAAGAACUACUGGGUGAACAUGCAGGACUGCCGGAAUGGCUGCAAGGAUCUUGUCUUUGAUUUGAGUGACGCCGUCCACUGGGAAAUCAUGCUUUCAGAGACUGACAAGCCUCUUCAGCUGCUCCUGGGUGCUAAGAAGGAAAAUGAGCUGUUUGAUAGGAACAUGGAUGACAUGGAGGAGGAAGAAGAGGAGGAGGAGGAGGAGAUAAGUUUUGCCAUGCCACCGUCAUGGGUAGCUCCAAUUCAGAUAUCUCCCAAAGAGUUUGAGACUCGCUGUUCCCAGGGGAGGAAGGUGAUCCUCUACAAGAAGGCAAAGCUGGAGAAAUGGCCACCGUACUCCAAUGGAAAUGGGCUGGUGAAACGGCUCACCAUCUACGCAGACUCAAACUAUACCAAAGCAGUAGAAGUGAAAGAGUGGUUCAAAAACCGUGAAGACAUGUUGGAUGUGAGAGAAGUGAAUAAACAAACACAGUUGACCACAGAGUACUUCAGCCCAGGACACGUCUUCGGUCUCAAAGUACACACCUAUAAGUCAAUGAGCCCACAGACUGAACGUGUGAUGGAGUUCUACACUGAGACACGAGUCGAUGGCCUCCAGAAACUUGCUGAAAAUGACAACGAGAUGAAAGAGUACUUUGUGGGGCGAGAUGACUUCAAGUACUUCCAGUACACAGAGUUUCGCUCUAAAAGAAAGAAAGUAACUUUGGUUGGCACCAGAACUGAUGCUAACUCCCGGCCUAUAGUGCAAAUCAAGGAGUGUUUCCACAGAAACCUACAAAAGCCUGCUGAUGAAGAUGUGGCAGAACGUGUCUUCCUGAUGGAAGAGGAGAUGAUCCAACUGACAUACCACCUCAAGGAUAAGUACAUCACAGCCUCAAAGAAGGACUUCUUCAAACCAGAGGAGAGCUAUAGGAAGCAAAGUGAAAUCAUGACCCCAGAAAUGUGCAUCACAUACCAGGCUGGGUCCUCUGAGCAGCACACAAAGCUGGUUCACCUGUACAAACUCUUGCGACAGCUAACAGAGGAAGAGAAGCAGCUGAAGCAACAAGUCUGGAGAACUCAAGCAGAGGUGCUAACAAUUCUGGAGACCCGUGGGAAUGAAGAAGCAGACAUCAAAUUGUCAGCUUCAAUAUAUGACACAGAGAGAAAUGCAAGGAAAAGACAAGAGUACGAAGCCAUG